AGAUUGAGAGUGAAGCUGCAGCAGCAGCAGAAUCUCUGAUCUUCUCACAGAUUCAGUUUCGGUCGAGUCGUCGCCUCAGCAGAUAUUUGACUGAUAAUCUGUCACCACCUCCCAUGAUGCAACAGGAGAGGAGGCUUGGCCUCCGCACUUCUCUGGCUCAGUCUGCAGGUCGAGUCCUUCAGAAGAGGAGCUGUUGGUCACCGUGGAAACGGCGUGACCUCUGCCCCUGGAUGUUUAUCUGAGGUCAGAGGUCACAUCAACUGACGAACUUACAAAAGUGGGCAUGUCUGCGAUGCCCUUCCUGGAUCCGGGCAGAGCGGAGACGGGCGGCGGCAGGAAGGUGGAGCCCCUGCGGAGCAUCCUUCACCGGGCCCCGCCCAGCCCCUGCACCCCGGCCAGGACGACAGGCCCCGCCCUCCAGACAGGCCCUCCCCUCCAGGACUCGCCCACUCGCCCACGCAGGCUGAGCUUCAGCGGGAUCUUCCGGUCAACCUCCAGGGAUUCAAACCAUCAACCCUCGUCCUCCGUCAGCAUCAAACUGUUCACACGCAACAAGAGACACAAGGCCAGAGCCUACAGCCUCUCCUGCCCUCCUCCUCCUCCUCCUCUUCCUCCUCUUCCUCCUCGUCAGGAGGAGUCGCGUGUCUUCCACCUGGAGACGUACCUGACCGAGCCGAGGCGUCCAGAGACCAGGAGGCUUCGCUCCUUCUCUUCACCUCCUGACACCGGACAGCACCUCUUCAUCUCCCCCUCCUCUUCCUCCUUCUGCUGCCAGCAGGAGCCUCCGCUCGCUCCACCUCUUCCUGUGUCUCCGUCACUUCCUGUGUCUCCGUCACUUCCUGUCGGGAAGUUGGUGGUGGUUGCAGACGACAUGUCGGAGCAGCCGGACGCCGACGACGCAGCCUCGGCGUCGGAGCGGGACAUUUACAUGAGAUUCAUGAAAUGUCACAAGUGUUAUGACAUCAUCCCCACCAGCUCCAAACUGGUGGUGUUCGACACCACGCUGCAGGUGAAAAAAGCGUUUUUUGCUCUGGUGGCAAACGGAGUGAGAGCUGCUCCACUGUGGGAGAGUAAGAAACAGAGCUUUGUAGGGAUGUUGACCAUCACUGACUUCAUCAACAUCCUGACCAGAUACUACAAGUCUCCCAUGGUUCAGAUCUACGAGCUGGAGGAGCAUAAGAUCGAGACGUGGCGAGAGCUGUACCUCCAGGAGACCUUCAAACCCCUGGUUCACAUCUCACCUGAUGCCAGUAUCUUUGACGCCGUUUACUCGCUGAUCAAGAAUAAGAUCCAUCGACUUCCUGUCAUCGACCCGGUGAGUGGGAACGCUCUGUACAUCCUGACGCACAAGAGGAUCCUCAAGUUCCUGCAGCUGUUUGUGUGUGAGAUGCCCAUGCCGGCCUUCAUGACUCAGACGCUGGAGGAGCUCGGCGUUGGGACGUACGCCAACAUCGCCUACAUCCACCCCGACACGCCGCUCAUCACCGCACUGUCCGUCUUCACGCACCGCCGCGUCUCCGCCCUGCCCGUUGUCGAUCACCACGGUAAAGUGGUCGACAUCUACUCCAAGUUCGACGUGAUUAACCUGGCGGUGGAGAAGACCUACAACAACCUUGACCUGACGGUGACUCAGGCGCUCAGACACAGAUCUCAGUACUUUGAAGGAGUCAUGAAGUGUCACAGGCUGGAAACUCUGGAGACCAUCGUGGACAGAAUCGUCCAGGCUGAGGUUCACAGGCUGGUCGUCGUAGACGAGGAGUCUCGUAUCAUCGGCAUCGUCUCUCUGUCCGACAUCCUGCAGGCGCUCGUGUUAACGCCCGCAGGUCUGAGGAGGAAGGAGUCGCUGCCCUGUCCAUCCCCAGCUCCGGACCCAACAGGGGCAGAGACGGGACCGGACCAGGAGCAUGUCCAGGAGCAGGACCAGGACCUUGACCAGAACCUGGUCCAGGAGCAGGACCAGGACCAGAACCAGAACCAGAAGCUGGUCCGGAACCAGAACCUGGUCCAGGACCAGGACCAGGUCCAGGAGCAGGCACAGGAGCAGGACCAGGACAAGGUCCAGGAGCAGGAGCAGGACAAGGUCGAGGACCAGGUCCAGGAGCAGGCACAGGAGCAGGACCAGGACCAGGACAAGGUCCAGGAGCAGGAGCAGGAGCAGGAGCAGGACAAGGACCAGGACCAGGACCAGGACCAGGUCCAGGAGCAGGACAAGGUCCAGGACCAGGAGCAGGACAAGGUCGAGGACCAGGUCCAGGAGCAGUCACAGGAGCAGGACCAGGACAAGGAUCAGGUCCAGGAGCAGGACAAGGACCAGGACCAGGACCAGGACCAGGACAAGGUCCAGGAGUCAGGAUGUGGGGACACUGAUACUGCAGAGACCUGCCAACAGGGGGAGACAGAGGGUGAGGAGACUGAUCAAGGGACAGGAGAAGGGGGUGAGGCAGGAGGAAGUGGAGUAGGAGGGGAGGAAGUGGAGAAGGGGGGAGGAGAGGAAGAAGUGGAGGAGGAGGGAGCAGAAGAGGAAGUGGAAGAGGGGGAAGGAGAGGAAGUGGGGGAGGGGGAGGCAGCGUGACGUCUCUGGUCUUUCACCAUAGAAGAAGAAGAGGCCGACGUGUGAUUGGCCGUGAGGUUUUCAGACACAUUAAUGUUUUCAAAGAUUCUAUUUGUGUUCAGAUUGAAAUGAACCUGAUCACCUCCUGAACCUUUGUCUCCUAAAACACCUUCCCUCAAACGUGCCCAUGGGGAUUCUGGGAAAUGUAGUAUGUACAGGUGAAAGUGUGAGUGAAGUGUUUCCUACUGAUAAUGUUCAGAUUCUCUAAGUGUUGAGGAGAAGAGCUUCGAUGUUUCCUUUCCUAUCUCCUUGAGCAGAGGACACUGGAGCUUCCUUUGUGCGAGGAAAGGAGAGAUAGACCCACAAUGCAUUGCGGAAGGGAUAUUUAAUGUGAUGCGUCAUGAACGAACGUAAACGAUUCAAUCUGAAGAAGAAGAGUAUGAAUAUGACACAGAUAUCAGUUACUGUUACUAUUAAUCAUAAAACACUGAUGCUGAUGGAGCCGCUGAGGUUUUUGUAGUUCAUCUUCUAGUUCAUCAGCGCUUUGGGUACAUGAAAAGCGCUUUAUAAACCCAAUAUAUUAUUAUUAGUCUAAAUGUGUCGUUUCACCACGACGUCACAUGACGACGUAGUUUAGUGUCAGUGGAAUCCUCCUUUCACCUUUGACCUUGUGACCUUUUCCACUGAGGACAAAAAGUCCUGAACCCAGCCCUUGUGUUUCCAUGGAGAAGAACAGAAUUCUGAUUCAUGUUUUUUUAUGAGUGUAAUAUAAAUGUUGUGAAUAAAAUACGUGAUGAUA